UUAAAUCAACUGUUUUAAUCGAUUAAUAUUCGAGGUUCUGUUUAAUAAGGUUAGACCGUGUCUUUGUCUUCUUCGCCAUCUCAGUUUUACAGAAUCUCAGCCGUGUGAAACCCUAGCUCCUCACCUUCGAUUUCACCUCCGAUUUCAUCAUCAACCUCAUCCAUUUCUUCACCAAAUUUCAUAAACUUCAAAGAGGAAAGAUGCCAAGGUGCAAGAACCCUACCUCGUGUCAAGAAUCGGCGGCUGAAGAUAAGGACCGUCCAUGGCGACGUGACAGGAGCAAGUACAUUCACAUCCAAACUGGUCUCUCCUUCAACACUGGAGCAUCGGUCGAGAGAUUCUACAACAUCUUUAUCACGAAGGAGAUCAUUCCACCGAAGAUUAUGGACAAGGACCUCUUCAAAACAGCAACCUAUGCCCCGAGCAAGUCACUUUUCUCUCAGCAAGGUUUGCUCUGUUUCAUUCAUUUGACUGACCUCACUCGGGACACUCGGGUGCCGGUGAAGAAGACUUGUUUCAUCAAGGACAUCAAGUUCACCGGGACUGUCUUCCGUAAAGAGACAACCGGCGAGCAAUAUCUGGAUUUGGUUGUUGCAGACAAAGAGGAGAGCGAGAACGAAGCAGAGUCGUCUCGUGCCGGAGGAAGUCGAACCACGGGACGCGUCACUCGUCAAUGCAUGACUCGUCCGAGAGAAGAAGCACCGGAACCUUUUUGGGUGAAUACGAUCUUUGACACUCUCACGUGCAUCCGAGAUGACGUUCGCCAUCUCAACGAGAGGAUGACUCGUUUCGAGCAAUCCCGCUCCUUCCAUGGCCCGCGUCACAACUUUAGUGGAGGACCUCGUGCGACGCAUUCUCUUUGAUUCUAUUGACGUUGUUUUUGUGAUGACUUUUGAUACAUUGUUAAAUGUUAUUGUUAUUAUGACUCUUUUGGUGGAUGAUGAUGUUGCUUUGGAUGAUGCUAGUUGAUGUUACUUGUGUAUUGAUAUCAUUGUUGGUUUGGCAAUAUUGUUCUUUUUUUGGAACAUAUUGUCCCUUUGUGGCAUUUUGUUAGAAGUUCUCUUUUAAAGAAAACUCUUGCAAAAUA